AUGGAGAACCUAACCGGCCGACCGACAAGAAGGAAAAAGUACCUCGAAAAGGGUGCGGAGUACGUCGUUCCGAAAUCUACGCGGCAUUACCACCACCAAAAGAAAGCACGCCUAGCCGAAUCUGCUUUGGGUUCCGCAGCUGCAUUAAGCGUCCCAUCUGUUGACCCACCGGGGCACUCAGCGCCAGGCGUUAGCUUGCAGCAACCGGCAACACCAACCGACGAACAGCAGCGGUUAGUGCCGGAGAGCAUCGCUGUCGACAACUCGCAACAGCGCCCCGGCGAUGAUGGCGUUGGAUCGACCGGGUCUUUGGCCGAAGACGAACACCACUGGGAAGAUCAAAACGGUGGGGGUGCUGACCCACAAUCAGACUGGGACGAUCUGUCAGACUUCGGAGAUUCUGACAGUCUUGGGCCGUCGUGCGAAGCCUCCACUGAAGAGCUCAUACCGGAAGAUGACGAUAGCUCCAGGGCUCCUGGAGACUUUGUUUCUGACGACCGUGAAGAUCUAAUGGGAAGGAGCUUCGCCCAAUUCGGCACGUCAACUCUGCCCCACUCCAGCACGACUAAAGCGAGUGCCGUGGCCAUGCUCAUGUCAAUAGUUCACGCACACAAUUUCACAUUGGGUGCGCUGGACGACAUUCUGAAGCUAAUAAACAAGAUGUUUGGCCAAAAUCAGAACGUCUUGCCAGGUAGCAAGUACCUAUUCCGAAAGCUGUGGAGCCAAAAAACAUCCACAGUUUCAAAGAAGUACUACUACUGUGAGCGUGCAAACUGCUCUGGGCUUCUUCAAGAUGACGGCGCUGGAAAGUCGACGUGCACUGUGUGCAGCAUUCCAGCUGACGAGGAAGCAGGACGCAGCUACUUCACGAUUCUGGAUAUCAGUCAGCAAGUGAAGCACGUAAUCGCAAAAACUAAAGAGGUUCUCAGUCAGAAUCUUGACGCCAUUGAGACGUCGCUUUCGAGCUCAUCGGUCACGGACAUCUCCAGUGGUUGUGUGUACCGAAACCUCAAGGAGGCCGCUGCAGUGAAGCCUGGAGACUUGACAUUAACCGUAAAUACCGACGGGAGCCCUGUGUUCAAGUCGUCCCGCUCUUCCAUAUGGCCGAUCCAGUUCACAGUCAGUGAACGUCCACCAGAGGAACGGUUCCGCAACACAACUCUUGCCGGACUGUGGUUCGGGAAAAAACACCCCAACAUGAAGCUCUUCGUGAGCAAGUUUGCUGAUGCCGUGAUGGACAUGGACCCGAUCCAGUGGACGUAUUGGACAGCAGACUACAAGUCACAGGUUCACCUGAUCUGCUGCUGUGCAGACGCUCCUGCACGUGCAGCGGUGCAGAACCAUGUCCUGUAUUCUGGAUAUUUUGGAUGCCCAUGGUGUCUGAUCAAAGGGGAGCAUGUGGCAGGAUGCAUACGCUACCUGCAAGAAGAGGAUGAGCCGGCUGAGAGAACAGCGGAGUCCAUAUCAAGGGACGCAAAACUUGCAGAGCGAUUCCGGGAGCCUGUAGAAGGCAUCAAAGGACCAUCUGCGCUUGCCAGUGUGCCCAACUUCGACCCCGUCUGGGGGUACCCUGUUGAUUACAUGCACUGUGCGCUACUCGGUGUCACAAAGCAGUUGACAGAGCUCCAUCUAGGAUCGUCAAAUUCCGAGCAGAGAUUCUACAUUGGUCGCCCAGCGGUUCUCAGCACACUAAAUGAACGGCUGCUCACCAUCAAGCCUCCUCAUUGUUUCACCCGCCUCCCGAGAUCCCUUGCUGACAGGGCAUUCUGGAAAGCUAGUGAGUGGCGGCUGUGGCUGCUGUACUACUGCCUACCCUGCACCCUUGAUGUCCUGCCCUCCCGGUACUGGAGGCACUUUUCUCGGCUUUCUCAGGCCGUCCACAUCCUGCUUCGGACAGAGAUCACUCCAUCACUGAUCAACUGUGCUGAACAGCUGCUCAAGAAGUUCGUGGCACGAGUCCCAAAGCUCUACGGGGAGACGGCCAUGACUUUUAACAUGCAUCAGUUGCUGCACCUGGCCAACUCCGUCCGACACAUGGGGCCGCUGUGGGCAAAUUCGGCAUUCACUUUUGAGGCAGGCAAUGGCCGACUUUUGCGUCAUAUAACUGCGGCAAAGGGAGUUCCUCUGCAGGUUGUAGAGAGGGCAGUCAUGUCGCAAGAGUUGGAGGCAGCACUAAGUCAUGAACUGCUUCCAGCAGACACGAGGCUGUUCUGCAACAGGGUGCUUGGCCACAGCCAUUUGAAAGAAGCGUUUUAUGUUGACGGAGGCGUCAUGCUUGGCAAUGCUAUGCCUUCGGGUCAUCUUUCUAGAGAGGAGUCUGCUGCGCUCCAAGAAGGCUUGGGCUUCUGCCCAUCGUCUGUGAUCGAGCACGGGCGACUGGUGCUAUCGGGACAGCUCUGCCACACUGCACAGUACACACGUGCUACAAAAAGCAACUCGACAGUUGUGCAGUGUGGAGAUGGCAGGGUUGUCAUCAUUUGGAGGGCACUUCAUAUAAGGGGUUGUGGUAGUGAUGAGGGUGUGCUACUGUGCAAAGAACUCACCUUCAAAGAUGGUGGCUCCAUCUUCCCCCCUCACAUCAGGGAAGUGGUCGCUGUGCCUCACGACACAUUUGUUGUAGUGAAGCCACAUGCUGUGUCUCAGGUGUGCCUUCAGAUUAAGUUUUCACCUGAGAGGUCAUAUAUCUGCUUCCUUCCUAACAUUAUUGAGCGCGACUAG